AACAUCUCGUCAACCACCUCGGUAGCUUGCUAGCCAACAUAGCCGAAAGAUUCAAGCUAUUUAUACGCUUUCGGUGUAAAUUAGCUACGGUGUUUUAGACACACUUCUGUCGUAUCUACUUGUUAACCUAUUUAAUUUAAUACUUACGUUAUUUUGUAUUAGUCAGCUAUAGUAGCUGGCUGGUUUAGUUAGCACUAGCCUAGUCGCUAAUGAUAGCUAGCUAGCUAACAUCCCCGAACAUGAGCUCCCUAAACUUCUCCCCUCUUGUUAAAGAAGAGGCUGUCUGCUGGACGGAGAAAGAAGCUCUGGGGCUGAACAUUGUCGUGAAAGAGGAGAAGGAAGAAGAGGAUGUCACAGUAAAAGAAGAAGUAGAUGGUGAGGCUGUUACGGUGAAAGAAGAGGAAGAUACGUUCAGAGUAAAAGAGAAGGGGGAGUAUGUUAUGGUGAAAGAAGAAGAGGAGGAGGAUGUCGUUUUUGGAGUGAAGAAGGAAGGGGAGAUUACUGUCACAUUGGAAGAUGAAGAGGAGGAGAUAGGAGAUCUGAUUAACACCAGAGAAAGAGCAGACUCUCAAUAUGACAGCAGGAAGAGUCCUUCAGGGGAACCAGACCCAGAGACGCCCCAACCAGCGAGACAACACCACUGCUCCCACUGUGAAAAGAGUUUUCGCUGGUUAGGGAACUUAAAACGCCAUGAGAGGACUCACACAGGAGAAAAGCCAUACCACUGCUUCCAAUGUGAAAAGAGAUUUUCCGGAUCAGGGGACUUAAAAUCUCACGAGAGAACACACACAGGAGAAAAGCCUUUCCAAUGUUCCCACUGUGGAAUGAGUUUUAUUCAGUUAGGAAGCCUGAAGGAGCAUGAGUGGACGCACACAGGAGAAAAGCCUUACCACUGUUCCCAGUGUGGAAAGAGUUUUACUGUGUUAAAUAACCUGAAACGGCAUGAGAGAAUACACACAGGAGAAAAGCCAUUCCAGUGUUCCCAUUGUGGAAAGAGUUUUAUUCAGAGAGGGCACCUACAAGAGCAUGAGAGAAUACACACAGGAGAAAAGCCUUACCACUGCUCCCAGUGUAAAAAUAGCUUUUCACGAGUAGGGGACCUAAAAGCUCAUGAGAGGACACACACAGGAUUAAAGCCUUACCGCUGCUUCUUAUGUGAAAAGAGAUUUUCCCGAUCAGGGGACCUAAAAGCUCAUGAGAGGAUCCACACAGGAGAAAAGCCUUUCCAAUGUUCCCAGUGUGGAAAGAGUUUUACCCUGUUAGCUAACCUGAGAAGGCAUGAGAGAAUACACACAGGUGCAAAGCCUCAUCAUUGUUCCCACUGUGGAAUGAGUUUUAUUCAGUUAGCAAGCCUGAAGGCACAUGAGUGGACGCACACAGAAGAAAAGCCUUUCCAGUGUUCCCAGUGUAGAAAGAUUUUUACCCUGUUAGCUAACCUGAAAAGGCAUGAGAGAAUACACACAGGAGAAAAGCCUUAUCACUGCUUUCAGUGUGAAAAGAGAUUUUCCCGAUCAGGGGACCUAAAAGCUCAUGAGUGGACACACACAGGAGAAGAACCUUUCCAUUGUUCCCAGUGUAGAAAGCGGUUUACUGUGUUAGCUAACCUGAAAAGGCAUGAGAGAAUACACACAGGAGAAAAGCCUCAUCACUGUUCCCACUGUGGAAUGAGUUUUAUUCAGUCAAGGAGCCUGAAGGAGCAUGAGUGGGGACACACAGGAGAAAAGCCUUUCCAAUGUUCCCAGUGUGGAAAGAGUUUUAUUGUGUUAAGUAACCUAAAAAGGCAUGAGAGAAUACACACAGGAGAAAAGCCAUUCCAAUGUUCCCAUUGUGGAAACAGUUUUACUCAGAGAGGGCACCUAAAAGAGCAUGAGAGAAUACACACAGGAGAAAAGCCGUACCACUGCUCCCAGUGUAAAAAUAGGUUUUCCCGAGUAGGGGACCUAAAAGCUCAUGAGAGGACACACACAGGAGAAAAGCCUUUCCAAUGUUCCCAGUGUAGAAAGAGUUUUACCGUGUUAGCUACUCUGAAAAGGCAUGAGAGAAUACACACAGAAGAAAAGCCGUGCACCGAAGACGUGGAUGUCGAUUAAGGCAGUCCCCCCCACCUCUCUGAUUCAGAGGCGUUGGGUUAAAUGCGGAAGACACAUGUCAGUUGAAUGCAUUCAGUUGUACAGCUGACUAGGUAUCUCCCUUUCCCAUUCCCUAUUAUAGAGCUCUGCUCAGCCUAUAAACAUGAAAGCAAGGUUAGAUUUUAUGUUCUACAUUAUUAUUAUUAUUAUUAUUAUUAGGGCAGCCACCAAGUUAUGAAAAUUAUGGUAUGUUCUGAAAACUGACUUCAGGUUUUUGAGGAUUCUAGCCUUGCAGAAAGACAGUUUUAUUUUAUGGAGGUUUAAUUCAGUUCUCUUUUUAGUAUUUAACUAAAUACUCUAUCUUUGGUAGGAGAGGGACCAGACUUAUCACUGUUCCCACUGUGGAAUGAGUUCUCUUCAGUUAGGGAGCCGGAAGAAGCAUGAGUAGACAAACACAGGAGAAACGCCUUACCACUGCUCCCAGCGUAAAAACAGAUUUAAACGAGUAGGAGACCUUAAAGCUCAUGAGAUAAUACACACAGGAGAAAAGCCUUUCCAAUGCUCCCAGUGUGGAAAGAGUUUUAUCUGGUUAAGGAGCCUGAGCGAGCAUGAGAGAAUACACACUGAAAAAGCCCUAUCACUGCUCUCUCUCUGUGUGGAAGGACAUUUUCCAAGUCAGAGAACCUGACAUCUCAUGAAAGAAUAGAAAGGCUGUAUUCUGACUUGUAUUUUUUACUGAGAAUUUGUGUUUUUGUUUUGUGCCACAUAAAAUCAUAUUGUUUAGGAUUAUACCUGUCUAUAUAAGGUCCCACAGUUGACAGUGCAUGUCAGAGCAAAUUCCAAGCCAUGAGGUCGAAGAAAUUGUCCGUAGAGCUGAGACAGGAUUGUGUCGAGGCACAGAUCUGGGGAAGGGUACCAAAAAAUGUCUGCAGAAUUGAAGGUCCCCAAGAACACAGUGGGGUCAUUCUUAAAUGGUAGAGUGGCCAGACGGAAGCCACUCCUCAGUAGAAGGCACAUGACAGCCCACUUGGAGUUUGCCAAAAGGCACCUAAAGACUCUUAGACCAUGAGAAACAAGAUUCUCUGGUCUGAAUAAACCAAGUUUGAACUCUUUGGCCUGACUGCCAAGCGGCUCGCCUGGCGUAAAGCGUGGUGGUGGCAGCAUUAUGCUGUGGGGAUGUUUUUCAGCGGCAGGGACUGGUAAACUAGUCAGGAUCAAGGGAAAGAUGAACAGAGUGCAGAAAGAUCCUUGAUGAAAACCUGCUACAGAGCGCUCAGGACCUCAGACUGGGGUGAAGGUUCACCUUCCAACAGGACAACGACCCUAAGCACACAGCCAAGACAACGCAGGAGUUGCUUUGGGAGAAGUAUCUGAAUGACCUUAAGUAGCCCAGCCAGAGCCCGGACUUGAACCCGAUCGGAGACCUGAAAAUAGCUGUGCAGCGACGCUCCCCAUCCAACCGGACAAAGCUUGAGAGGAUCAGCAGAGAAGAAUGGGAGAAACUCCCCAAAUACAGGUGUGCCAAGCUUGUAGCGUCAUACUCCAGAAGACUCGAGGAUGUAAUCGCUGCCAAAGGUGUUUCAACAAAGAGAGAUACUUAACUAUCGUGGAUCCUCUGGGGAGCCUCAACAACCUCAUGAUGCAGGCGAGGCAGAGAAGAGUCUCUCCAGAUCAGAACACCUCAAGACACACCUGCAGAGAACCACAGGGAAUAAAUUUCAUUGCUGCUCUGACUGUGGGAAGAGAUUCACCUCAGCAGGCAUUACAAUUCAUCAGAGAAUCCACACAGGAGAGAAACAUUAUAGCUGUGAUCAAUGUGGGAAGAGAUAUCUUACAUGUAGCAGUCUGACUAAACACCAGAGAACACACACAGGAGAAAAAUCAUAUAACUGUAACCAAUGUGUGAAGACUUUUAGUCAGUCAUUCAGCCUGAUAUCACACUGGAGAACACACACAGGAGAGAAGCCUUAUAGCUGUGAUCAAUGUGACAAGAGAUACUCUCGUAAAAGAUCUCUGAUCAAACAUCAGAAAAAAACAUACAUGAAGGAGUUGCUUCACGAUAUCAAUGAAAUAAAAUCUCACAAUGUAGAAUGUUUUGACAUUGUAGAAGGAGUAUUUUAAUAAUGUCACAAUGUAGAACCCUAAACGUUUGCCCCCUGUUCAAUUGAUUUCAUCAUGAUAUGGAUAUUAGCCCCAUGGAAAAAUCUAGAGUCUGAAUUGAAAAUUAGUACUAUUUAUGUGAUUUAACAAAAAGUGACUAACAAAAAAAGAGUUGCGUUACACCUCCCACGUUGGCGAUCCACUUGAAUCAAGGGAUGUACAAAUGAUUCCCAGAUUCCGUGUGUUUUUUGAGCUGUUAGUUUUAGCAGGACGUGCAACCUCAUCUCCCUCCUCUCGGCACAAUUGAUUUCAACGUGAUAUCGAUGAGAGAUGACAAAUAAAUGUUGCGUUCCUUUGUUUAGCGACCCCUACAUUUAAAUGUAUCACUCCAAAAUGUAGCUGACUGUCUUCUGCAGGUUGUCCUCUAACCAGUGAGGUAAAAGAUAUCUCCCAUUUCCAUGUUUUUUUUUUUAGUUGUUAGUUUCAACAGCACGUAGAACUGAUUUCCCUCCUAAUCGAUAUCAGUGAUUUAUUGCUACUUGUCAAAACAACAAAGUUUUUGGUGCUUGUGCAGUUUAUAAGGUGCUUGUUUUAAAAAUACAAGUAAUGUGAUUAUUGUGGCAGAUGUUUGUGUAUAUAGCACAUUUUAUGUUUAGGUUUUGAAUAUAUCAAACUGUUUCUGCAUAUUGGUUAUUGAUUUGGACAUGUUAAAACUGUGUUUUUACAUUGGGGCUAUCCCACCUAGCAACAUGUCAUUGAAAAGAAGACUAUGCCCGAAGUCCAAUAUAGUUGAAAGUGAAAGUUGAAAAGAUGUAUUUUCGGGUCGUUUUGUCAAUGACUUGAAAACAACUUAAUUUCAAUGUACUUGGAGCCUAUACACAUGGACGCAGUAUAAUAAAUUGGUCUGUAAUCAAUUUUAUUGACAAUCUUCCAUCACUCCAGUAUUUCUUUACAACAUUCAAGUGCUAAUUGUCUUUAUUCCACUACUGAAGAAGCAUGA